AUGAAGUUCCUCUCUUUCUGCGCACUCUCUCUCGCCGCUGCGAGCUCAGUCGUGGCCUCCACGACUAGCGACGUCGCCCCUAUCGAGAUUUCAUCGCUUGUCGGUGGUCUCAAACCCGAGAUCAAUACCGAUGCUAGCACAAUUGAGACGAUCCGAAAUACAAUGGCCCUCUAUGCUUUUGCUAUUGAUGGCAAAGACUUCGAUUCCCUCAACAAGGUCUUUGCCACCGACGCGGUAGCCAACUACUCUGAGCCUCUCAACGUGUUGACCCCGCUGAGCACAAUACAAUCUACUUUGAGCAUGAGCCUGAAGUGUGUGACGACUCAACAUUUCCUCGGCACACAACGGAUCGAUGUGCUUUCCCCGACCACGGCCAAGUCGGUGACUUACUACCGUGCAGCCCACUUUGGGCAGGGUGAGAAGCAGACGGAGGUGGACUACGCCUAUGGCCAAUAUCAGGAUGACUGGGAACGUCAAUCUUCUGGUUCUUGGCGUAUUGUUCACCGCAACCUGGUUUAUAUGGGUCCCCAAAUUGGCAACCUGAGUGUGUUUGUGUGCUAG